AUGGCCACCACACGAUCCGAAUCGAAUCUAGAGAGACGCCAACAGAUUGAAACAGAGACCCAGACAGAGACAGAGAGAGGACACAGUGACGUCUCAUCCAGAGUCAACAAGAUCCUUAACGAGUACGGCAGGACUCCAUUAUCCAGCACAUCCAUCCAGGAGCCUCUCCAGUCCACGCCCGAAACAAUCCUAGCGUUCGUUCUAGACGCACUGCUGAAAUCACGCCCGAUCUCGCACGAUCUCGCACAACGGGCUGCCAACCAACUGAUCGAAGAGGGAUACCACGAUAUAAACGUCUUGGCAGGGAGUACAUGGCAGGAAAGGACCAAAGCGCUGCAGGCUGGAGGGUAUAAUCGGUAUAGAGAGCAGGGGGCGACCAAUCUCGGCGAUCUUGCUACACUAGUGAAUGAUAAAUACAGUGGUGAUUUGAACAAUCUCGUUUCUCGAGCAAAUCGAAACCGUGACAAGGUCAAACAUUUGAUCAAAGAGGUGAAAGGUCUCGGCGAUCUGGGGGCUGAUAUCUUCCUGAACAAUGUGCAGAGCGUCUGGCCGUCGAUGGCGCCCUUUGUCGAUGCGCGGAGCAUCAAGGCAGCCGAGGAACUCGGACUGGGUACAGACCUGGAAGUUAUCUAUAGGGAGCUGGGUCACGACUCCUUCAAGAUGAGUAGAUUCGCUAAUGGGUUAUCUGCCGUACGACUGGAGAAGAAGGUGCAUAAAGUCGAGGUGGAAAUGAAAUCAGAGUAG